AUUUUAGCCCCGCCCCUAUUUCCCUAGUACAGCUGUUGAUUUCUGCAUUUUGCCGUCGAGAUUUACAGCAUUUUCAAAUCGAAUUUCUUUGAAACUUCGCCUCUACCUUGCGUUUCCGCAAGUAAAAUCUCACUCUUUAGCACAACGACUGAAUUAAUAGGGUAGAAAAUAAUGCCGAUCCCACGAGGCAGUGCCGACGGAAAAGAGAUCGUUGACCUGAAUGCAGCAGCCAAGGACGCCAAAAACUUUAUUGACAAAUUUCUUGGAGAUGUCAGCAAAAAGUCUGCAACGAAACAACUUAUUUGGGGUGGAGCCAGUGGAUUAUGCACUGGAUUCAUCUCCAUGCGAGUUGGCAAAGCUGCCGCAACAGCCCUUGGAGGAGGCAUUCUUCUUUUGACAAUUGCAAACCAGAAGGGUUAUAUCUCUGUGGACUGGGACAAGCUGUCCCGGUCUGUUGACAAGGCGGUGGACAAGGUGGAGAAAGCUGCGGGAGGCGCCGGGCCGAGCACUAUGGACAAGUUGGAGAGGUUUGCAAACCGAAAGAUUGACAAAGCGGAAGGCGUUUUGAAAAAGAAGGAACAGAAGGUGCGCCGUUGGUUUACAAAUGACAGGGACGAGUUCCAAAUAUCAGAACUACACAUUUUCGCAGCCUCGUACGCGGCCGGCCUGGCCUUGGGCACAUUGCUUGGUUAAACCGACUCAUCGUUUCCAUCUCAGUUUACAGCGCAAAGUAAUCAACAUUACAAAACUCGUACCACCUCUAGGGUUAUUAAAUAACUUAUUAGCCAAUCCAUGAGAAAUUUCAGUAGAACAAAUCAUGUGUAAGCCUGUUUCCCUAGUCUUGAGCAAGCAAUCUCAUAGCAGUUCCUCGAUUAGGCCCAUGCAUUUAUUGUGUUCCAAUUGGCCCUGAUCUUUAAGAUUUCAGUAUUUCGUAACUCAAAAUUUACCCAUGCCGAUCAUAGACUGCUGCCAAAAUUUUGCACUCUCCCAGAUUUUUUACUCACAUCUGGCGAUUGUAAAAAAAAUCUGCACCCCCAAAGCGCUUGUUAUUGAUAGUUUGUACUUAAUCUCUUCGAUCUGAUUACAAUUUUAGCUACAAUAAAGACAAAAAAAUACUUCUCAAGACGAUUGGGAUGAUUUAUUAGCUUCUGCAAAUUCCCUCUUUAUUUUAAUAUUUACAAAUGAAGAAGGUUCAUCAAUGAAACUAGAAUAGCUGCGAUAUUUAUUGCAUUUUUUUAUUUACACUGAAUGAAAAAAUACAAGUCUCCUUCAUAUAAUUUCCAACAUCAAAUAAAAGUUCCUAGCUGUUGCGAAAUUAAACUUCAAGCUGCACAGCUUUUGAUAUAAUUCAACGACUCGGACCAUAUUUAGUCGAGAGUCACGCCAUGUUAGUCACAAUAAUUUUUUGUAAUUAAUCAUUAAUAAGCUGCUUUCAGUGACAUGUUAAAAAGAUUUGCAUCAAAUAUAGUAAAUAUUUAUUUGCACUUUGAAGCUUCCGCAGGUGAACAGGUGUGUCAGAAAAUUCAGGUGUUUCUUUUGGUGCACAUGAGGCAAUGCAUCGUUUCUACAAGGGGUUCGACACAUGAAAAGUCCAAACGUGUUUGACAGGAGAGAGAGUAAAAAUGAGAAUCAUCGCCUAGCAGGCGAAUCCAGCAAAGUCAGUUACAACGCUGCGCUUAUUUAUCCUCUGCAUUAUUAUAAAAUAUUAAAUCGUUACCACAUUAAUACGAGUGUUUGUUACUCUCUGCUAAUCUUAAAGCACCAACACCAAGAAUAUUACAAAAAAUCGCAAUAUCAGAGUCACAAUAAUGACGGACGGGGAUGCAUUAUUAUUUCAUAAAUCAAUUGAUUAACGCGAAUAAUACCACAAAAGGUUUUUGUGUUUUGAGUGUGAUACAUUUUCAUACCACCAGUCUCUCGCGCUCGCACAUUCACAAGACAGGGGGCCCUUAAAAUUAUCCAGAGAGAAAAAAGAACGCAAUGAAGGCGAACUCAUUACAUAAUCAUGAUUGAUUGUCAUUCCAAUUCUUGGGAGUCACUGAAUCAACUCCAUCCCACUCUGUACACAAAAGUCGAUAACAUUUACAAAAUCGAUUAUUGCACUUUUAGGCCUAUGUCAUGCAUGUACACAAUUAAUUUCUGUUCUCAUUAUCACCGAGGCGUUAAUAAUUGUUCAAUAAGAAUAAUAGCAGUACAGAGAAGAGAAUAUUAUCUUUAAAAUGCUUGCCGAAAUUCGAUUUUUUGAUAAUAAAAAAAAUCAAGCACAAUAAAUACAUUUGAUUGCUU